UGUGGCAACCUAUUAAAGAAGUUACUUAUAUGUUGGAAGCUAAUGAUGCAACACUAGCCGAUUGUUUUAUCUAUUUAAUUAAAUUGGCUGUAGCAAUUGAUCAUUUACCCGAUAUAAAUACUUUCAAGAUUCCUGCUAUUCAUAUUUUUAAUCAUCGUUAUGAGAAAUUUUUACAUCCUCUUUAUAUUUUGGCAUAUUACAUUCAUCCUCAAUAUAGAGGAAAGGGCUUAAAAGAUAAUGGGUUUCAUACAGCAGCUCUUACAUCUCUUGAAUUAUGGCAAAAUCUUGGACAUACUCGAUCAGAAGAAGGAAUGGCUAAAAUUAGAUCUUAUUAUAUGACGAAUAUUCGACAUGAGCUAAAUUUGUUUGGUAAAGAGUUAACAGAGGUUGAUCUUCGAGAUGCAUGUAAUAUAACAUCAAUCGGUAAUAUUAUAAGUUGUGAAGGGGAUCAAACAAGAGUUAGUGAGGAGAAUUCAUUAGAUAAUACUAUAUCCGAUUGUUCCGCAACCUUAUUAAUUAAGGAGAUUAUUGACUUGACAGCCGAAGAAAAUUCAUUAGAAACAGUCCAAAUUAUCUCUCCUGCCGAUCUGGAUUAUAAUCCAUAUGAUGUACUAAAUAGUUUUUUAGAACGUGAAAGUCAAAAUCAAUAA